GUUCAGCUCCUGUGGAUCCGCCGAAAGCUCCCAGGCCCUCGACGACUUUUUGUACGCCCACGGACGCAGGAGCCCCAGGAUUCUUCCUGGAUGUAUGCUGCGGUGCCAACGCUCCGCUUUCUGAGAGUCUCCGGAAAUCCGGUAUUCAGUGCAUCUGUGUUGACGCCCUGGGCUCAGAGCCACUUGACUUGCUGGAUGACAAGACCUAUGAUAGUAUUCUGCGCUUGGCUUUUUCGGGAACAGUUCGCAUGGCACACGCUGCUCCUCCCUGCAAAGAGUAUUCCCGCUUGAAGCUUCGCCCAGGUGGCCCACGUGCUGUUAGAAGCCCUGAUUUCCUCAACGGCUUCCCCGAGAAUACUCAGUCACAGCAGCAGCGAGUGGAGAUAAGCCAGAAGAUCAUGUAUCGAUCCGUAUGCAUCUUGCAUGCUGUUUUCGCUUCAGGUGGCCAUGCUUCUUUAGAGCAACCCACUAACUCCAUGGCCUGGCUUGAACCUUUCGUCCAAGACUUUUUGUCCGAGGUGCAGGCUACACUAUCUGUGGUCCCAGCUUGUUCAGUGGGUAUGGAUGUUGCGAAACAGUGGCUCUUUGCCUCCAGCUUCGCGCCGGUGCAACAGCUUGCGGGCACUUGCUCCCACCAAGGUCAACACCAGUCGGUCAUCGGCGCACGUGAUGAGCAAGGCCACUUCCUUUCUCAACGGACUGCAGAGUACCCUUCCGCUUUGGCAUCACGUUACAGCAACAUUGUCUCCCCACUUUUUGAGGGGUACAAGCUACAUGAGUGCACCAGCUUUUGCGCACUCAGCUUUGCGUUGCAGUGUAUCCCACCAGAUUUGCUUUCUAGGAAUGGCAACAAUGGCUUCUGGAAAAGCACGUCCCUGCCAGACUUGCCCAGCACGCGCUUCUCUGACAAGCACUCGACUUCUCAGGACUGGGAUUUUUCCGUGCCACCAGGACAACCAUAUUGUUUGUCCGCUUUGUCGCGCCUUAGCCACUUGAUUGCAGACAAGGACACCUCGCUUUUUCCGGCACUGAUGCAAGGUGUGCCAACCGGCUUCGACAAGGACAUACCUCGCAGUCAUACGCUGCGCCCACGGCGUGAGACCGAUAGUGACGAGGGCCAUGAACUUUUGAUCUGUGAGGGCAACUGGAAAGGCGCGGAAGAAGACCCAGCUUUGCUUCAACAGCUGAUUGAAGAGGAGUUGGCAGCAGGCUACCUUGAGGUCAUUCCGGAUUUGGAAACAGCUUUCCGACACUGGGGCAAAGAGCGU